AUGAUAGAGAAGUUGAAGGAACUAUUCCAUAAACUAGUGAAGAGCACAGACAGGGCUGAGAGGGCUGGCUAUGGCUCACGCACUGAGACAUACAGUGGUGAACACAUUGGGAACUGUUCGCUACGGCGAGAGCAGAGACACACAAAAACCAAGAUUUCGUUCACCGAAAACGCCACCAAGAAUUACACCAUUCCUUCCACUAAAUCUUCAGGUGGUAUCAAGUCUUGUCAGUUGGAUUAUUUGGUGCACCCGUUGGACAGGAAUAUAGCCGGCAUUUUCCAUGACUGUAACAAGAAGUUAUAUGACAGUUUAGCGAACCACCAGAAGAUUGCACCCAUAGAUUCAUUUUGGCUCAAUUCCGGUCACAUCACACAUUGCCUUCUCUACAUCGAUAAAGGCUUGUCUCGACAACAGUUACAAGACAUCAUCUCAACCAGACUUCUCAGUCGACCAGAACUCAUAAGAUUCAGGUCUCGUCUCAUCUAUAAAGGCAUCUCUCGGUCUCCCUACUGGAAGAUUAGUCAUAAUUUCGACACUUUAGACGAACAUAUUAUAGAAGACGAGCCAAUACUGAACCGAAAGUCUUUACGACAAAGACUAAUACAAUUGAUGUCUCAAACACUUCCAUCAGAUAAGCCGUUGUGGCAAAUCCGCUAUGCAUUCGCCCAAUACUGCAAUCAAGUCGUGCUUAUCGUUCGCGUCCAUCAGUCCCUCUCGCAGUCCGGUCUCGUCUCCAUUCUCAUUCAAUACCUGUCCGACUCUCCGCCCCCUCAGUCCACUAUUAAAGCCCGAUUCGGUGGCUCUACCCUUCCCAUCAACAUAUUCAGAGCAGUCAUCGUAGGUCCGCUCACAUUCUUCUUAUGGAUUGUGUGGGCAUUCACUCGAAGACAUAAUAAUUACCUCAAGAAAUCAAAAAACAAAUCAUUCAAAUCCAUUUACUGGACAGCCAUUGAUCUGCCCCGGGUCUACAGAGUUAAACAAGUAACGCGAAGCACGUUAAAUGAUCUCUUGAUAUCGACGAUCUCCGGUUCGGUCAGAGCUUAUCUCACUACGAGAGCCAAAAUACUAAACCCUCCCGACCUUAAUAUAUCGAUUCCCAUUGAUAUUUGUCCCAACAAUCACAUGGAGGACAGUCUUGUGGGCGUUAACUAUGUUUUAGGCGCAAUUCCGCGACUCUGGGAGGUUAGACAUCUCAUGGAAGAGCUCAAGACUUCGGCCGACACGGCUGUCAUUAAUAUCAGUGGACCGGACAGUAAUGUCAGUAUCGGUUCCUAUCGUCUCAACAAAGUCUUAUACUUCAUGUCUGCGCCGUCUUAUUGUUCGCUUGCAUUCAAUGUGUUCUCAUUCAAUGGCAAACUGUAUGUCUCCAUCUGCUCGACAUCUCAAUUGAUUCCAAGUGCUAAAGGAUUAGCAAAACUCUUCAAAAUACAACUCAAUCGACUGUCCAUUUUGUUGAGCCGCAGACGAGUUCCCGGUGAGUCCCGGAGACGCAAGAAGAGUCACAUUCCCUAUGAAUCGCCCCUUUAUAUGAACCCAACCACCGAUGGAGUCAUAGAUCUGACCAACAAAUUACAUGAAGUCCAGUAUGAGUUGCAUAAACUGUCCGAACAGUUCGAUAGCGGAGAACCAGCUUUUAUUAAGAGAUACGAAGAACUCAAAGACGAAUUCACAGGACUUUUGUUUGAAAUGAGACGAAGAAAGUCCAUCGCAGACAAGGGAACUAAUAUUCUCAUCAAUAUUGAGGACGAAGAGGACGACGACAACGACGGAGAGCUAAGACCUCCUCCUCCGCGACGGUUCUCUGUAGUGAGUUAUGGCCGGAGAGCGAGUGCCAGCUUCGUGUCGAGUCUGCCGACCUCCUCGUCUCGGGUGACGCCUCCCAUUCUGUCGCGCAGAGCAAUGGCCACAUCGCCGGAGCCCCCGAGCAGUCCGGAGGUGGCGUUUAAGAGCGAAACUGAAUGUUAAUGUGUUUUGGAUAAUAAGUGAUACAUAUAUUUGUCAGUCUUUCGAUUUGCAAC